AUGUUGACUCCUUUCCUGGUUAGAUCGAAAGCUUCCGACAGUGUCUCGCCAUUGUCUAAUCGCUCUUCCGUGCUUUCACAGCGCGCGUCACCGUGUUCGACGCCGAGGCAACUGACAAUUACCGGACUGCAUGACGACGAUAGGUCGAAGUACACCCCUUGUGGUAAUGUCGUCGUUGAACUCGACGGCAAGAAGUUCUACCACGCAGUUCGGAAGGGCGUAGACCUCAUCAAGGUCGGUGAUUCUGUCGAUGUUGUUGUACGCUUUGUUAACUCGGAGAAGUGCAUUACGCGGCUCGCUAAAAUCGCAGCGAUCUUCCAAGAUGGCCGUGGCGAGAUGAAGGCAGAGGUAGCGUACUACUACGACACAAACGAUGUUAUACCCGGAGUGCACCGCCGAUUCAUAGCCAACAAAUCACGCCUGUAUAUACACAAGAAUUCGAAUUGGCGGGGUUUUACGCAUCACAAUGAGGUGGUUGCAUCUAAUGAGUUCGAAUUUAUUACGGUGGACGCGAUAGAUGAAGUCAUAACCGUGCACGAAAAUUUGGAAGCCUAUCAGGCAGCUGUUGACGCGGCGGGUGAUGAGGCCGGCCACUACUUCUGCCAGGUAGUCUGCUACACGGAGAGCUAUGCGCUGAAACCGUUCGACUCGAAGUCUCAGUGGAGGCAGGUAAUGCUGGAAAGUAGUGAGUUCCACCGAGUAUAUCACAUGGGCUUCAUGGAAUCUCCAACUGGCCGAUUGCAAGCAAUAUGCGCCGACAAAGGGAAGGUAAUAUUGGGGCGGGAGGAGGAGGCUGCCACAAUCAGGACCUUCAUAGAGACAGGAAUACGACAGGGUGGCACCGGUCAGCUGCUUUACGUGAGCGGGGUGCCGGGUACCGGUAAGACGGCAACUGUCAACAUGAUAGUACGCGAAAUAUCGGAUAAAAAGCUAAGCGCUAAGCUCCCCUGGUUCGAUCUCGUGGAGAUAAAUGGUGUGCACCUUGUGGACCCCAACGAUUUUUAUCGCAUCCUGUAUGGCAAGCUGAUGAAGAAAUCGGCGGUGAACCACAUUGCCGCCUACAAAGAGCUAGAUGAGUAUUUCAUGAACAAUCAGACGCCAUGCGUGCUGAUCAUUGACGAAGCAGACUACAUCGUCACCCGCAAGCAAAAGGUGCUGUUUACAAUCUUCGACUGGCCCUCAAGAAGGAAGUCAAAGCUGAUCGUAGUUAUCAUCUCUAACACUAUGGAUCUACCUAGUCGCAUGAAGGCGUCGUGCGUGAGCCGCCUGGCAUUCGGCUCCCUGGUGUUCCAACCUUAUCGGUACCAGCAAAUCUUGGAUGUGCUGUCCUCCCAAGAGGACAUAAAGUCGGCUAUUGACCCAGUCGCGCUGCAGCUGUGUGCCCGCAGGGUGACUAAUUACAGCGGAGAUAUGCGCAAGGCGCUCCAGAUUUGUAAGCUGGCAUUGGCGACGGCUAAAGAUGGCAAGGUGUCAACCGCAGAGAUGAAUCGCGUUUCUAACACAGUGCUAAGUUCAGCCGCAGUGGAGUCGCUGCAACACCAGUCCGAUGCCAUGUCGUGCCUCCUGGUGGCUCUCGUUCUGGAGCUGCGUGAGACGCAACUUUCCGUCGCAUGCGCGCGCAAAGUCUACCACGCGUUCCGAGGAAUGAUGGCCGUGAUGAAACCGGAAUUUGGGAAGAGCAUUUCCCUCGACACAUAUAGACAGCUGCUUGUAUCUGCAUCACUGUCUGGCAUCAUUUCGCUGGAGCCCUCCGCAUUCAACGAGCUUAACACGAAACGCAGGCUGCAGCUGUACGAGGAACUAGGGGAGGAGCUGGGGGACACCGCAAUAGUGCCGGAGAUCGACGUUGGGCAUAUAAUUACGGCUUUGUCGAGAAACCCGUACUGGGAGCAGAAGCUUCGUGACCUGUAG